CAAUGAUAGUAUUUGGUCAGUCUCUGCUGAAAGCUCGAGUGAAUAAUUAAGUGCGAGCUCAUAAUACUGAAUUAACUCCUCGAGUUGCACAAUUACCGGAAAUAGCUGCUGCCGAGACCAUGGCCAACGGUGAUUCUCAAACGAUUAACGAGCCCGAGAAUCUCCAGAAAAUCUUCAAUCCAGAAGGAAAAAAGGAGAAGCAUUAUGCCUUUGGCUUUAAAACUCAAGUUUACUGGGGCAAUGUCAUCGGAAUAUUCAUCUGGCACGCCCUAUCCUUCUAUUACUUCAUCACAUUCCCUUACCGCCAGCACCUGGGUCUCGUAAUCUGGGCGUUUGUUCUGGCCGAACUCCAUCUUCUCUCGAUCACCGCUGGUGUUCACAGACUCUGGUGUCACAGAGCUUACAAGGCAAAAGCACCACUUCGAAUUUUACUAGCUGUACUCUACAUGGGUACUGGUGAGAAUCGUAUAAUCCAGUGGGUACGAGAGCACAGAUGCCACCACAAAUAUGCUGAUACCGAUGGUGAUCCUCACAACAGCAUGAGAGGUUUCUUCUUCUCUCACUUUGGCUGGCAGAUGAUGAGGAAGCAUGACGCUGUGAUCAACGGUGGAAACACCAUUGACUUGAGUGACGUCGAGGCCGAUCCAAUCGCUUCCUUCUUCGACAGACACUUCGUUCUCUUCAAGACCCUCUUCUGCUUCAUCCUCCCCGUCUUCAUCCCAGUGUACUUCUUCGAUCAGGAUCUCAAGGCCGCGAUAAUCACUCAGUGGCUCAUGAGGUAUCCCUACGUCGUCAACAUGAUGUUCUCAGUCAACAGUUUUGCUCACACAUACGGUUAUCGCAGUUAUGACAAGACGAUUAAACCAACGGAGAAUGCCAUAAUAUCCCUGAUGAUGGUGGGCGAGGGCUGGCAUAAUUACCAUCACGCCUUCCCCUGGGAUUACAAAGCCUCCGAACUAGGUUGGGCACUCUUCAACAGAACCACAUUCUGGAUAAGAUUCUUCGCGAAAAUAGGAUGGGCAUACGACCUGAGGGAAGCAACACCUGAUCACAUGAAGAGGCUAAUUCAACGCAAAGGUGAUGGUACUCAUCCCACUCAUGGAAUCAAGAAAGACGACACCGAGAUUGAAGUCACCCAGAUGCCCUACGCCUACGAAUAAAACUUCAGCUACCUGAUAUCAGUACACCUACACCUCUACUCCUAUAUCAACAAUUUUAUUUAUAACAUUAUCAAUGUUCCUGAUUUACUCGGUAAUUACUGAUCAGAAAUGAGUGUAACUGAUGUAUUAUUUCCGGUCGACAUUAAUAAAGAUCUUUUAAUUCAA